AGCGCGCGAUGGCCGCGGCGGAGGCGCUGGCGGGUCUGGCGCUGGCGCUGGGCCUCUACGCCUUGCUCUAUUACAACUUCAUCAAAGGCGCCACGUGCAAGAACGAGGCCAGCCUGCGGGGCAAGACGGUGGUGAUCACAGGUCAGGAUCGCCCCCAGGUCUCGGAAGACGGGGGGCAGCGUGGGGCAGUGGUUAGAGCGCCCGAAGAGGGUCUGCGGGAGCUCCCGCAUCGGGGGUUGCCUGGCCGUUGAUCCCCAAGAAAAAAAAAACUCCAGAUCAGCCUGAGCAACAUGCAGCCUUGGGCAAAGAUAUAUCCAGGUGAAACUCGGAAAAUUAGAAUAUCGUCGAAAAGUUGCAUUUCAGUAAUGCAACUUGUUGUUGUUUUUCUUUUUACAAAUGCUUUCUUUUGGAAAUUCCACAGUAAUAAAUCAAGUCGUUACAAUAAUACAAAAAUAAACAUCGCUAUUACAUUUCAUUAAUUACAUUCCAUUUAUAAUUGACCCGGCUAACGGCAAAUAAUUACAAUUACAACAAAUAAAGGCUUGCCAUAUCUUGCUUUGCAUGCCAUGCAUCUAUCUCAUAUAUUGGUUUCCCCUUUUAAGCUGCAUUACUGAAAUAAAUGCACUUUUCGGUGAUAUUCUAAUUUUCCGAGUUUCACCUGUACGAGGGCACGCCCUGUGUCAAAAAGACAUUAGAGGCAUAGUGGAUCAGGAGGGAUGAGCAGCUAAUGGCUGCUGGGCCAAACCUGUGCAGAGGAGGGCUUGGGCAAUUAUGAUGAUGUGUUGAGUAAGGCGACACACCCAGGGAUGGAGAAACCUGUGGCGCUUUUCCUGAUCUGGGAUUCAGCAUGGCUCAGUCAGGAUGAUGGGAACUGGAGUCCCACAGGUGUCCCCCCCCCCAUCUCUGCUCAGCUAGGAGGAGCCUGAUACUGGAUAGCGUAAGAGAGAUUACUGGUACUCCAUUUCCAGCCCAACCUGGAAACGAGAUAGAAGAGGGUUGGCCUUUAAGAGGCGCCCCACGGAGGUGACAGGUCGGUUAUAUAUAAAUUUAUUACAUAUAAUAUAUUAUAAAGAGAUUAAUGGAACGCGCUGAUAACGGUGCCCUGGCAGCUGGCCCUGAGAUGGCAGCCUCUGUUGAACUACAGCUCCCAUCAUGCAGCGUGGCCAGUAUUUAGGGAAGGUGGGAAUUGUAGUCCAAGAGCGUCUGGCAGAGGGCUCCAGAGCUUUAUUCAGGGGGUCUGGGAUGUGCCUGAGGGUUUGUAGUGGAAGAUGAGAGACGGCACAUCCAUAGCAUUCAAUAUUCGUAUAUACAGUAUUGUAUUGUAUUCUGCUACAAUUUGAGCUCUCCUAAGAAUGUAAGGGAUGCGGGUGGCGCUGUCGUCUAAACCACUGAGCCUAGGGCUUGCCGAUCAGAAGGUUGGCGGUUCAAAUCCCCAUGACAGGGUGAGCUCCCGGGGUUCCGGUUUCCGCCGGCAGGAAUGGCGGACCUGUUUUCCAUCUCUCUGACCUUCGUAAGGAAUUUGGCGGUUGCUAGGGGAGUAAAUGGCAACCCCCUACCCUCACUUUAUAAACUGUUGUUACUGAGCAUAUUUUUUAAAGAUGUGGAGUUGCCGACGAGAAAAGCCCCCCUCUAGUUGGACGGAAGGAGUCCUGGACGCGUUCGGAGGAUUUAUGAGCUGUGACGCACUUUGAAUUGGAGCAGCGACCUGAAGCUAAGUUCAGCUAUAGGGCAAGGAGAUCCAUUAAUUUACCAAGAGUCUAUGGUUUGAUGUUUGGGUCUUCUGCCUGGAAAAGCUGUAAAUUUUAUAAAGAUCGUUAAUCUUCCCGGUUAUGAGAGAAAACGAAAGUGCUUUGAGUUUUUUUAAGAUGGCGCUGCUUCGUGUUGACGCAACAGGGAGCUCCAGACCAAGAAGAUUUAUGGGGAGGCUGGACUGAUUAACCCACACAGGAGAAAGAACAUUUGUGAAACCUUGUUUGAUAUUUAUCUCAGCAGCUGGGAAACAAUCGGUUGAAAGUGGAAAACAUCUAUGUGACUAUAAGGGAAAGAUUCGGAUUAUUAUGAACUUGGAGAGACGAUUUGAACUUUAGAAAAAAGACGGCAGUGGACGGUUGCGAGGAAUCCCCAAUUUCUUGAAGCAUGGGAACCCAAAAAAAAAUUUUUAGAUGAUUUGGCAUAAUAUUCGGUUUGAUUGAUAUAUAUGUGUAUAAUUUGAAAUAAUGAAUGUGAUAUAAUUGGUUUUAAUUGGAAAAUUAAUAAAAAUAUAUUUAAAAAAAAUAUAUAAAAAAAAGACAGGGUGAGCUCCCAUUGCUCGGUCCCAGCUCCUGCCAACCUAGCAGUUUGAAAGCACGUCAAAGUGCAAGUAGAUAAAUAGGUGCCGCUCCAGCGGGAAGGUAAACAGCGUUUCCGUGCACUGUUCUGGUUUCGCCAGAAGCGGCUUAGUCAUGCUGGCCACAUGACCUGGAAGCUGUCUGCGGACAAACGCCGGCUCCCUUGGCCUUUAAAGUGAGAUGAGUGCCGCAACCCCAGAGUCGUUCGCAACUGGACCUAACGGUCAGGGGUCCUUUACCCUUUUUUUUAAAGAAUGGGAGGAAAGAGCCUGACUGCUGGAUGAGGCCAUUGGCACAUCUGGUUCAACCUCCUCUGUCCUGGUGGCCCCCCCCAGCUGCCCCCACGGGAAGCCCACAAGCAGCGCCUGAGCCCAGGAGCCACGCCCCUCUCCUGCUGUUUCCAGCAACUGGCCUCUGGCCCCAAACUCUGUGGAAUUCACAUUAUAAAGCAACAAAAUGCAACCUGUAAGAAAUAGAGGACAUGGUGAAAAUGCAGUUAAAAACCACACAGCAUCUAGCACAGCUCAUCACAGUUUCCACAGCAGGUAGAAAAAUCAUUCAGGGGUCCGCCAAGACCCUCGGCAAAUUUCUAGCAGCCAGGGCACGUUAACCCCCGCCGCCACCGAACACACAUUUUGGCUCUAGAUCAGGCAUCCCCAAACUGUGGCCCUCCAGAUGUUUUGGCCUACAACUCCCAUGAUCCCUAGCUAACGGGGAAGAUGGGAAUUGUAGUCCAAAACAUCUGGAGGGCCAAAGUUUGGGGGUGCCUGCUCAAGAUCAUUCUUUUCUCUGGACUUUUCCAGGUGGGAACACUGGGAUCGGGAAGGCAACGGCCCUGGAUCUGGCCCGGAGGGGAGCCCGCGUCAUCCUGGCUUGCCGGGACAGAGGGCGAGGAGAAUCCGCCGUCUGUGACAUCCGGAGGUGGGAACAAUGAAGUUCUCUUUAUGAGCCUGGACUUGGCCAGCUUCAAGUCAGUGAGGACUUUUGCAGCGGCUUUCUUGAGAUCUGAGCCCCGCCUUGACAUUCUCAUCAACAAUGCAGGGGUCAGGACUGGAAGCCGAAGCAGCGACGGCUUCAAUUUGGCGUUCCAGGUGAAUCACUUGAGCCAUUUCCUUCUGACCCACCUCCUCCUGGAGCGGAUGAAGCAGUGCGCGCCCAGCCGUGUGGUGGUGGUGGCUUCCAGUGCACAUCAGCGGGGGAAGAUUGACUUUCAGAACAUCCACAAGCCAGUGGACGGGCAGUUGGCAGGGAUCCAAUCGUACAGCAACAGCAAACUGGCCAAUAUGCUGUACACCCGGGAGCUCGCCAAUCGACUGGAAGGGACGAACGUUACCUGCUACGCGGUCCAUCCAGGGCUUGUUAACACUGAAUUAUUCCGCCACACUUUGAUCUGGCUGAAGCCUCUUUUCCUCCCCAUCUGCUGGCUCUUCCUCCGAGACACGACCAAUGGUGCUCAGACGUCCAUCUACUGUGCCACUCAGGAAGGCAUUGAGAAGUACAGCGGGCGCUAUUUUGCCAAUUGCUGGCUGCGUGACCCCAAGCCACAUGCCCGGGAUGACGCCUUGGCCAAGAAACUUUGGGAAGUCAGCGAGAGGAUGGUGGGGCUGGCGAACUAGGCUGCGGUGUUUUUCAAAGAGGGCUCCUCGUCUCCAUGGAAAGGGGGCCUUUGCAGAACCAUCCAUGAAACAGGAAAAUUUUAAAGUCAAAUUGUGGCAUCACAUGGCAGGGUUCUCGAGGGGAAAUAACGAAAUCCCAAAGCAGCACUUCCCAUUUUCGUAAAAUGGAGGCAUCUUUGAAUAAUAGCCGACUGGUGGAUAGGGCUUGGGCGUCAGAUGGAGGGAGAUGCCCUCCCAUAAUGGGAAAAGGCUGGGAGACUGGUGAGCUCUGGGAACAUUACUUUUCCUGCUUUUGCCAUACUUUAUCCGCACAGCGAGUUGGGGAUUAGCAGGCGAUCUUUGCAGCUGUCUCUCUCUUUUUCUUUUGGUACAGGGUCCCCCCCCCAAUUUUACAAUGUAUAUAAAGAAGAAAGAACAAUGGCAACGGGGGGGGGGAGGAAUUAAGAGAUGAGAAACGGAAACUGUGGGUUGAAACGGCAAAGUCCAAGUCAAGGCUCUCGGUGUCGCCAGAUCAUCAGGUCUGGUUCCAGACUUGCCAAGCCUGUGAGGAGGGUUGCCUUGAAAGUUGCCCAUUGCAAAUGUCACAAAGGAACGCCAAAUCUCACAAAAAGUGCCUGGAGGCUCUAGUCCAGGCACCCCCAAACUCGGCCCUCCAGAUGUUUUGGGACUACAACUCCCAUCAUCCCUAGCCAACGGGACCAGUGGUCAGGGAUGAUGGGAAUUGUAGUCCCAAAACAUCUGGAGGGCCGAGUUUGGGGAUGUCUGCUCUAGUCCCUGUUGAAGUCUCAAAUGAUGUGUAAUUUUCUCCAUUUUAUCGAUAUUCGAAAGUGAGCGGUACCAAGCGUCCGGUGUAAUAUUCGCUGUUGUCACUUUGCGGGCCGCCAUUUCCCCCCUCCUUUUUCAUUUUCCCGCUCUUUUCUUGUUUUACUAGCGGAUCUUUUUAAGGCAAGAGAAGCCAUAUGGGUGUCACGGCUGCUGAGCAGUCUUUAACUGCUUGGAGGGUUUUUUUGUUGUUGUUGCACUCGAGCGGUAUAUAAUUUUUAUGAAAUCAAUAAUAAAGAAUGAAUUAUGUUGUUUUGAGGUGUGUGGGUCUUUUUUUAAAAGUGUUUUAAUGCUGUGACCCCACCCUAGGAUCUUAGGGUGAAAGGCAGGCAUUAAUAAGAAAAUAAAUAAU